AUGGCAAGAAACGUACCUUUAACAAAUUAUGAAUUUACUAUGGAUGAACCAGUGAAAGACACUGUG